UGGAGCGCCUGGACGUAGUCUCGGCUCGACUACGCCUUUAGCUAACGAAUACAGACGUGGAGCGAGGUUUUUGGGAAUACGUUAGGUUAGGUUAGGUGGGUUAGCUUAGUUAACGCUAGCUGACGGUGCGACGUUUGAUUUGAUACGGGGAGAUCUGUCGAAUGGCUCGGCUAAAGCCAGCCAGCUAACCGCCUGAAGUAAAGACAGAUUUGGGGCUUGGUCGUCGAAUAUGACAGCUUGACUUUGGCUGAUAUCAAAAUAUCUAUGUGAAGAUAUGUCAUAUAAUAUGAAAUAUACGUGUAUAUAGAGCUCGUUUCGCUUUUAACCAGCUAGAUAUUCGUCGUGGUGAGAAAUAGGAGUAGGUUAACGUUAACUACGUUCGUUAACCUUAACCGUUUCCAUGAAGCGGUUUCAUAAGCGAUGCCAGCCAGCUACCUCAAUGUUGUUGAGAUUCUCUUUUCUUUCAUUCCAGCCAUCUAACAACUAACAUGGACGCUCAGUUAGCUCUCUCUCUCCUCUCGUUUUCAGCUAUAGAAACCACCCAAAAGGCUGAGCUACUGCUGGCUGCUUCGCGUUAAAUAAGAGAAGGAGCCCACCACAUCAGUUCUGCAGAUUCUCAGGGGAUUUUUUUAGGUGUGAUGAGACAAAGGAACAAAGGAUGCCUUAGAAGAGAGGCAGAUAACAAGGCUGGAAUCUGCUUCAAAGCACACCAAAUGGAUCUAUCGCUCCCCAUUGCAUCCAGAUCAUGAUACUUGGCUGAAGCUUUAAUCAUCUAUAUGAUCCCUCCUCCAUCUAUGGCGAACUAUAGCCAUGCAGGGGACCACAACAUCUUGCAGAAUGUCUCUCCGCUUGCCACAUUCCUUAAACUGACCUCCCUGGGUUUCAUCAUCGGCGUCGGGGUGGUCGGAAAUCUCCUGAUCUCCAUCCUGCUGGUCAAAGACAAGAGCCUGCACCGCGCACCCUACUACUUUCUGCUGGACCUGUGUGCCUCGGACAUCCUGCGCUCCGCCAUCUGCUUCCCCUUUGUGUUCACCUCGGUCAAGAAUGGCUCCGCCUGGACGUACGGCACGCUCACCUGCAAAGUGAUCGCCUUCUUGGGCGUGCUUUCCUGUUUCCACACGGCCUUCAUGCUGUUCUGCAUCAGCGUGACACGCUACCUGGCCAUCGCCCACCACCGCUUCUACACAAAGAGGCUGACCUUCUGGACCUGCCUGGCCGUCAUCUGCAUGGUGUGGACGUUGUCGGUGGCCAUGGCUUUCCCGCCGGUGCUGGACGUAGGCACCUACUCGUUCAUCCGCGAGGAGGACCAGUGCACCUUCCAGCACCGCUCCUUCCGCGCCAACGACUCGUUGGGCUUCAUGCUGCUGCUCGCCCUCAUCCUCCUGGCCACCCAGCUUGUCUACCUCAAGCUCAUCUUUUUUGUUCACGACCGUCGGAAGAUGAAACCCGUCCAGUUUGUGCCAGCGGUCAGCCAGAACUGGACCUUCCACGGUCCGGGAGCCAGCGGCCAGGCCGCGGCCAACUGGCUGGCCGGCUUCGGCCGAGGCCCCACGCCUCCGACCCUGCUGGGGAUCCGUCAGAACAGCAAUGCGGCAGGCCGCAGGCGUCUGCUGGUGCUGGACGAGUUCAAGACUGAAAAGAGGAUAAGCAGGAUGUUUUACAUCAUGACCUUCUUCUUCCUGAGCCUGUGGGGGCCCUAUCUGGUGGCCUGCUACUGGAGGGUGUUCGCCAGGGGCCCCGUGGUGCCUGGAGGCUACCUCACCGCAGCUGUGUGGAUGAGCUUUGCUCAGGCGGGAGUCAACCCGUUCAUCUGCAUUUUCUCCAACCGGGAGCUCAGACGAUGCUUCAGCACCACGCUCCUCUACUGCAGAAAAUCCAGGUUACCUAGGGAACCCUACUGUGUUAUAUGAAGGCUUGGGUUUUUUCUUUUUUGGUCUUGGGUAUUUUUUGGCUGCCCUGAUUGGUCAGGGAUACAUCCCGUUGUAUAGCUCUCCUCCUUUUCUCUCCUCUUCACUAUAGCCCCACUCCCCACGCACCCCAGCCCCCCACCCUGUAGGCCUGAUGUGGAACUGUCAAUCAUACACACCUCUUGAUGUGAAUGAGCGCCAGACGUGAAGCUCCAAGGGAAUAAAAAUAAUCAGGGAGUGGAGGACCCCUCCUGUGUUUAUGUUCUAGUAAACAACUGCUGCAGAAGGCCGUUUUAAAGCAGAUAAGCAAAAAAAAGAAAAAGAAAAAAAUGAAAGAAAGAAAAAACGAAAGAAAAACAAAGAAGGAAAGAAAUGUGAUAUUAACGUUAAGACUGACCCUUUUGAUUUGGAUAUGUUGAAGACUCAAGGUGUACAUGACAGAAAACAAAUCUGAAUUCCUUCUGGGAAUCACUGGAAUGGUUUUGUGUUUAAAAAGUUGCACUAAGUUAUAAAAGAAGUUAAAAAGAUGCUUUUUUUGCUGAGUUGCAUUGCAAGGAUGUCUCUUUUUUCUCUCUCCCCAAACUGAAAUAUGAAUGCUUUCAUUUGCAACAGACUUCUCAUUCACUGUAAGUAAACAAAACAUGUGGGGUGACUCUGAUGGAAUACACCUUCACAAGAGGAUAAAAUUGGUUUAAAUGUAAGUGAUAUCUUUUCUUUUUUUCCAACUUUCUGGGGACGAGCGGGGGAGGGGGCGGGAUUUAAUGGAUACUGAUGUGUGGUUUUCCAAUUGCAACUUAAAUUAUUUCCUGUAGUUUUAUGAUCCAUGCAGUAUGUCCGUGUCUGGCAAUGUUCUUUUCUUAUCUCGGUUUCUAACAGUCUUAAUGUUUGGAUUUUAAAAGUUGCUCUUGAGAACCUUGUGCUAAAAUGACAGUGGAGAACCAGUUUAAAUGUUUCAUAUCAUCCAUGUACCUGAACACUGACAUAUUGUUACAGUAUUGCUGAUACCACUCCAGAUGUUCUUGCCUUAAUGGUUAUGAUGUUUAUUUUCGGUUUCUGUUUUUUGGGUGGGUGGGUAGGUGGGAGGGUUGGGUAGAGGAGGGGGGGGGGGGGUGGUCUGAUUUUCAGAUGUGCUCCUCUACAAUGUCUCCAGGCAUAUAGGGAGUGUUUUCACAUUAAUGUGAAGUGCAUGUUCAUUUUUAAUGCAUAUCCACUUUCAUGAGCAUCAACACUGGCAUUGCACCAGACGCCCCAUUUCUUAUCCUGCAACGGUUUGCUACACACCUACACCCCACUGAGUGCGAAGAAUGCAGGGAGCAGAGAGCCUGUGGUGUGUGGAUAUGUGUGAGUGUGUGGAUGUGUGUGUGUGGCUGCGUGCAUCUGAGUGAGUGUGUAAGCUGGACAGCUGUCACGUCAAGACCAGAGCCUUAGUAUAAAAUCUUGCACAAUUUGUAAAAAAAAUUAACAGAAAAACAACAAAAAAAAACAUUGUAUUUAAGGCACAGCGUCUUGUUUAUACUUUCCUGACAUUUGCUCUCUACUGAUUGUUUUGAUUAACUUACUUUUUUCUCUUGUGGCCAUUUUAAUAUUUAUUAUGUAUUUUUUUGUAUAUUAUAGGUAGAUAGUGUGUAAGUUUGUGAGUCUUUCAUUUUGAAGUCCCGGACGUGAGUACUGUUUAAGUUAGGAUUGCAUUUGCUGAAAGUUAACUGUGUAAUCUGUUGCUUACAUUUUUGAAAAUAAAAUUUUACAUUUUGCAAA